AUGGAAGCAUAUGUAGUUCUAGGAUCACCAUGUAAUAACAACCCCAAGAUAGAUUCUUCUUCACCAUUCUCCUUGGGAUCCUUAACAAGGAAAUUUUCCCUCAAGAAGCAUGCCUCAGUCGAUGCACAAGCUAGGGUUUCAGAAUCCGAGGCUCAACUUCCUCGGUUUGGACUUCUGACAAGUUCAGUACCCUAUCCAAUGCAAAUAUCAUCACUUCAUACCGAUGACGUUGUCCCUCGUGCCCGGGCAUAA